AUGGCCCAGCUGACCCCCGGGAAUGGCCCCAGCGACGCCCCGUCGGAGCAGGAGCGGCUGCUGCGGCGCGGCGUGCUGCUGGCGCGGGACAGCCGCCUGAAAGAGGCGCUGGAGGCGUACUCGGCGGCGCUGCGCCUCGGCCCGGCCUCGCGCCGCCGCCUGGGCGCGCUGGUGGACUGCCUGGUGCGCCACUACCGCCUGCGCCUGCCGGGGCACAGGGCCGCCGGCCCGGACGGUGGAGGGGCGUCGGCGGCGUCGGGGCUCUUCAGCUGCUGCGGCUGCCGGGGCUUCCUGGGCGAGCCGGCGGUGGCGCCGUGCGGCCACGCCUACUGCCGCCGCUGCCUGCGCGAGGAGCUCCGCGCCCGCUGCCGCCUGUGCGGGGAGCCGCUGGGGGCGCCCGCCGCCGCCGCCGUCGUCCUCGCGCACUUGGCGGAGCGCUGGUUCCCGGCGGAGUGCCGGAGGGCGCGGACGUGGCGCCGCCUGGGCGAGCUGCUGGGGCGAGGGCAGCUCUGGGCGGCCCGGGAGGCCGCCAGCCGGGCCCUGCGAGAGGAUCCCAGUGACUUAAUGCUACGGAUUUAUAGAGCUGAAUCUUUUGCUGCCCUCCAAGAAUUUAAAUUUGCCCUAGAUGACCUGAAUGCUGUUAUCACGAAAGUGCCAAGUUGGCCUGAGGUGUACUUUAGAAGAGCAAAAGUAUUUCAUAGUGCUGGCUCUGUAGAUGAUGCCUUGCAGCUUUUUCUUCACUGCAUAGCUCUUGAUGAAGGGUUUCUUCCAGCAAAGCUAGAAGUGGAAAAGAUGCUGUAUGACUUACUAUCACCAGAAAAUGUGAGAGAACAGCUGAAGGAAUCUGCUUUGAGCUCUCCACAUGCUCGAAGCAAACCAGUUAUACAUGGUUCUGAGGUGGAUUUAGAGCCAGAUUUAGGAGUACAAGAAGUUACAUCAGAACCUGUUGGAGGAAACCUGCCUCAUGCAGAGUCUACCCGAUCUCUUAUCUCAACAGAAAAAAUUGCCAAAGAAGAUGGGUUAAAAAGGGUUUCUUCUGAACCUUUGCUUUCUGUCCAGGAGAAAGGUGUUUUCUUAAAAAGGAAGUUGUCCCUUUCAGAACAAGAUUUUACUGUUUGUGAAGACAGAAGGAAUAAACAUAAAAAACAAGGAGAAGCUACAGAAAAGGACACUGCCUUUUUACUCAAUUGUGGAGCGGUUCCAAAGGAUUUGAUUGAUAUAUCAGACUUUGAGUGUUCACUUUGUAUGAGACUUUUCUUUCAUCCUGUGACAACUCCCUGUGGCCAUACUUUCUGUAAGAACUGUUUAGAGCGUUGUUUCGACUAUGCUCCUCAGUGUCCCCUCUGUAAAGAGGGCUUGAAAGAGUAUCUGGCAAAUAGAAAAUACAGCAUCACCCACUUGCUGCAAGCACUAAUGAAUAAGUAUUUGCCUGCUGAGUUAGCUGAGAGAAAAAGGAUUCAUGAUGAAGAAACAGCUGAACAUUCAAGUUUGACCAGUAGUGUUCCAAUUUUUGUUUGCACUAUGGCCUACCCUACUGUGCCUUGUCCUCUUCAUGUGUUUGAGCCAAGAUAUCGACUGAUGAUUCGAAGGAGUAUAGAAACAGGAACAAAACAGUUUGGGAUGUGUAUCAGUGACCCACAAAAGGGUUUUGCAGAUUAUGGUUGUAUGUUGUACAUUAGAAAUGUUGACUAUCUGCCAGAUGGACGGUCUAUUGUUGAUACAGUUGGAUUAAGGCGAUUCAGAGUUUUGCAAAGAGGGAUGAAGGAUGGUUAUUGCACUGCAGACAUUGAGUAUUUGGAAGAUACAAAGAGUAAAGAUGAAGGUGAGAUGAAGAAACUUGGAGAGCUUCAUGAUUUUGUAUACAGCCAGGCUUGCGGCUGGUUCCAAAGCUUAAGAAACAAAUUCCAUACCCAAAUACUUCAGCAUUUUGGUCCAAUGCCAGAGAGGGAAUCAAAUAUACAGGAAACGGCUAAUGGACCUGCUUGGUGUUGGUGGCUUCUAGCUGUCCUCCCUGUGGACCCUAGAUAUCAGCUCUCAGUGUUUUCCAUGAGGUCUUUGAAAGAACGACUGAUAAAAAUUCAAGAUAUAUUGACAUAUUUCUCUAGAGACCAGUCCAAAUGACUUCUUGAUCUUCCUGAAAUGUUCCUGGUUCUUGCUGUAAUUGCAGCUGGAGUGUUUGCAGCAUUUGCACAUUUAGCACUGGGUUGAGAAC